UCUCCUCUCUUUUUCCCUCCAGACUCAGAACGCAGAGAAAAAAAAUGGCUUUAACAUUACGUUCGUCAAAUUAUUUCCUCAAUCUCAAGGACACCAAGGGCCUGAAAACUCCUGAUGACUUAUCUGGCACAGUUUGCUUUGCGCAAAUCAAGCCUUCAUGUCGUCUCCGAGCAACAAAGAGUUCAAUGAAAGAGGCACAGAUCUCCCAUGAGAAGAACUUCACUCCUGAAGGAGUGAGGAGAGAGAAACUCCAUGUACUUUCUAGUUCUCACUCUCCAAAGAAUGACUCAAGAGUGCCUGUUUUUGUGAUGCUGCCACUUGACACACUGACUCUUGGAGGCAACUUGAACAAGCCAAGAGCCAUGAAUGCUAGCUUGAUGGCCUUGAAAGCCGCAGGAGUGGAAGGGGUCAUGGUUGAUGCUUGGUGGGGUUUGGUGGAGAAAGAUGGACCUCUCAAGUACAACUGGGAAGGCUACGCCGAGCUCGUUCAGAUGGUUGAAAAGCAUGGCUUGAAGCUCCAAUUUGUCAUGUCCUUUCAUCAGUGUGGAGGCAACGUUGGAGACUCCUGCAGCAUUCCUCUACCUCCAUGGGUGCUUGAAGAAAUCAGCAAGAAUCCUGAUCUUGUGUACACAGACAGAUUGGGAAGGCGAAACCCGGAAUACAUUUCCUUGGGUUGUGAUUCAUUGCCUGUUCUUAGAGGAAGAACUCCUAUUCAGGUCUACACUGAUUACAUGAGGAGCUUCCGUGAGAGAUUCAGAGAUUUCUUGGGUGAUGUUAUUGUGGAAGUUCAAGUAGGAAUGGGCCCUUGUGGGGAGCUCAGAUAUCCAGCUUACCCCGAAAGCAACGGAACUUGGAAGUUUCCCGGGAUUGGAGAAUUCCAAUGCUAUGACAAGUAUAUGAGAGCUUCCUUGGAAGCAUCAGCUGAAGCGAUCGGAAAGAGGGACUGGGGACAAAGUGGACCGCAUGAUGCUGGUCAGUACAGACAGUUCCCUGAAGAGACUGGGUUUUUCCGGAAUGAUGGAACUUGGAAGACAGAGUACGGACAGUUCUUCCUUGAAUGGUACUCCACUAAGCUAUCGGCGCAUGGUGAUAGAAUUCUGGCAGCUGCAAAAGGAGUUUUCCAUGGAACCAGAGCAAAACUAUCUGGGAAAAUUGCUGGGAUCCACUGGCAUUACAGAACAAGAUCUCAUGCAGCUGAACUAACUGCAGGAUACUACAACACAAGAAAUAGGAAUGGUUACAGUGCACUGGCACAGAUUUUCGCCAAACAUGAUGUUAUUUUCAACUUCACCUGCAUGGAAAUGAAAGAUGGCGAACAGCCUCAACAUUGCUCACCGGAGGGGUUAGUGCAGCAAGUAAAGAUGACAACUAGAUCAGCUAGAAUUGAGCUUGCGGGAGAGAAUGCAUUGGAAAGGUAUGAUGCAAGUGCCUAUGGACGAGUUUUAGCGACAAGUCGGUCAGACUCAGGUAAUGGGUUGUGUGCAUUUACAUAUCUAAGGAUGAACAAGAGGCUGUUUGAAGGGGACAACUGGAGAAACUUGGUGGAGUUUGUGAAGAGCAUGUCAGAAGGUGGUCGGAACAGAAGACUUUCAGAGUGUGACUCUACUGGGACUGACCUAUAUGUUGGAUUCAUCAAAGAGAAGAAUGUGAAGCAAACAAAGGAGGCCGCUCUUGUGUAGAAAGUGUACAAGUAAACGUUCAUCUAUAAAUGAGCAUAGUCAGUGUAUAAUAUGAUAAGCGGAGAAAAAAUGUAAGAAACAUAGAGGGCAAAAAUACUGAUGUAUCAUACACCACAAUUUGGCAUAAUAUGCUAAAAGCUAGGGACAGUUAAAAGAAAGGAAUUAGAACUUUGUAUCUAUAAUUCUAUAUCUCCAUUACGUGAAUGGACAACUUCUAUUCAUUCAGAAUUCCAAGAGAUUAUCUCAGGGAAUCAUUUCAGGAUUCAUAGAAGUGUUGCCAGUCAAAUGCCAUCUGAAAAUUGUCCAUAAUAAAAGGCACUACUAGUUGUUCAUAAU